CUUGACGUUUCUAUCACAUUCUUGCCUCGUUUGCCUUUCUUGUGUCCGUCUCACAGUUCUAAAAAAACUCGCAUGUGAGUCGAUCUGCCGCCAAAUUUGCCAUUAGGAACCUACUAAGUAAUGCAUUCUGACUUAUCUCCACAUCUGCAUACGCCCGAGUGCAAUCGGCUGAUUGACCUGCUCAAAAAGUGUCACGAAGAGAACAAAUACGCCAAAUUCUUCGGAGUUUGCAACGAUUUCGACCACCAGGUCGUAAACUGCCUGAGAGACGAGCGGAAGGAACGCAGCCGACUUAACCGGGAGCGAUCCCUGGAGAAACAACGCCUCGUCCAGGAGCGCAUGAAGCAGUUUGAUAAGGAGGAAAAAUCUCGGCCAGCCGCAUAAAACAUGACGGACAUUAUGGAAAGCUAUUACCUACAGGAAGAGCAGCAAGUCAUUUGCGAAGAAACGGUUCCGUCGAUAGUGGAUGAUUUCGUGGAGGAUUACCCGUCCACGGUCGAUCGCUUUUUUACCCGUUAUUACUAUGUGCAACCCGGGAAGGAAAACGAACCGCUUCGAGUACUGUUCCAUUCGAACCGUAUCUGUUUGGUUGGUUUGGCCCCGGAGCAUGUGGCAUUCGAGAAAGGGAUCCAGGCGGUUACGUUCGAAGUGGGGCGGAUUGAUCGCAGCGAGAACCAGGUAAGUGGGAAGAAAAAGAGCGGUGGGAUGAUUUUGCAGAUGGAUUCAACUUUGGCGCUGAUCACCUGCAAGGAUGGAAAUGUUUACAAAGUGCGAGGAUGUGUUCAAGGAAAGCUGGUGGAAGUGAACAAGCGAUUGGUUGAGAAUAUAGAUUUACUACGGGAGGAAGGCGAUGGAUAUGUGGCGGUUGUUAUGCCAAAACCGGAGCAGUGCGAAGCCGUUAAGGCAAAACUAAUGUCCCAAGAAGAGUACGAUAAGAAAUACGGCAAGCGGAUGGUUAGCGAGUGAUACAA